AUGCGUCGCCUAAUCCACGGUUUAUUCUCUAUACUAAUUUGCGUGUCCGUAAUCCGAGCCGACGCUCCGGAAUGUGAGGAAAAGACGCUUGGCACAAAAUACAUCGAGGACUACGUCCAAUUCCAAUGCAACCAGACGAGUGAUAUGAUCGGCUAUGUGCCAAUUGGGUGCGCACCAAACAACUCGGCGGCCGGGCCGGUGAUCCCGCUGAACGGCGAAUACCUGUCGCCGCACUUUGUAUUCAAGUGCCUCUCCGAGAAGGUCGACGGGUACACCGAAGUUGAAUACGCCAUUACGCAUUGCCUUGACGAGCACGGUGGCCGCAUCGAUAUUGGUGAAACCUACUCGGACCCCGCUAACACAGAAGGCCAAGAUACUGUAAUCGAAUGCACCAAACUCGAAAACGGAGCUGUCCGGAAAACCGUCCUGAAAUCGACCUACUGCGAGGACAGCAAGGGCAUGCAAAAGGCUGAUGGUGCCGUUUGGGCCCAGGAUCCGCCGAAGGAGGCGAAUAAGACGCUGCAAAGCGGCGUUCAAGUGCAAUGUCAGAACCAGGGAAAAUACUUGAAGGGCGUCCAAAUUGCCUGCAUCGCCUAUAAUCGACAAGUGAUUCCGGUGGGGCAGAAGAAGAAGGUAGAUGAUCAAUGGAUGGAAUGCGUGAAGAGGGGAAAAUCUGAAAAGGGAUAUCGAGCUGUGCUGGAGGCUGUUGGAAGUAAGAUUGCAAAGACCCCAAGGGCCAGAAAGCUGGAGUUGUACACGCUCGUUUACGUCGACGAUAAGCCGCAGUUCUGCUCCGGCUCAGCCGGUCUUGUUGAUUUCCAGGAUAAGAAGGGUUGCACUAUGGCCAAUGGGACCCUUGUGCACUUUGGCGUCGAGUUCGUCGAGGACGGGGUCAAGCAGCUGUGCAACUUUACGCUUAAUGGAGCCAAGGCAACAGCUGAGGGGAAGCCGAUAGCAUGCCUUUACGAUGGGAAAGAGAUCGAGGUGGGCGGCCAGGUGAUGGUCGGCCGGGAGGGCAAGAAGUGCGUCAUCAAGGACAAGAAAUGCCAACUGAUCGACAUGACCAAGGAUGAGGUGGAGAAGUACAUGGCGGGGAGGGGGAAGGAGACUUCUUUUGUGGCCCAGCGCUCGGGGCGUGUCCGUGGUCCCAGGAUGAAGCCGAAGGUGUUGAAGCCGGUGAAGAAAGAUGGUGGUGUUGCAGGAUUUUCUGAUGUUGGGGAUAAAGGUGAGGCUCAGAAC